CUAGCCGAAGAGUCGGCACUAGCAGCUGGGGCGAGUCGGGAAGCCGCUCAGGUUGCGCUCACUUGGACGAUGCCCUCCGGCGCCGGCUGCCCGCUGCCUCGCUGCCCACGACGGCGGGCGCCGCGGAGUCCGGAUAUUCCUUUAUCAUUUUUCAUGUAUGGGCUGAGUCCUGACUGUAACCGUGUGAUACUAAAUAUCAUUGAAGAGUGGCCACAAACGAAAUGGAAAUGAAAGAAAUUUCUGAACAGAAGACAUUAUGGAAAAUGAGUUCAACCAGGGAAUCCUUACCAGUAACUGGUAUAGAAGUGAGUCCUUUGAAGAAAUUCACCAUUCCAAAGAUCAGGAGGGCAGCUGGGAAAGUUUACUUGUCACCUUGCUGCACCAAUACUAGAGAGUAUAGUUUCAUACAUGAGACUCUUAAACAGUAUAGGCUUGAUGUAAGCUGUGAUCUCCAGUCAUCAUGGCAGUUUGGGGAUACAAAACUGGUUCGCAAUCAGGAGCUAGAAAAAAAUUUUACUACUAAGAGGUCAGAGAUGCGUGAGAGUGGAAGACAUGGAAGAGAACUUGAAGAACAUUUCUGCUUUCUAGCACUUCCUCAAAGAGAUGUAGAAGAGAUAUGCCAGAAUGGGUUAAGUACCAAAGCAUCUACUUUGAAGAUAUUAGGAAAUCCUCUUCUUGGAAUUUACAUAUUUAGACAUGUUGAUGUUGCCCUGAAUUAUGCUCAUAGUAGAAGCAUUACAAUAGAAAAUAUUAUAAUUUUUAAGGUUCUCUUUGGGAAAGUAAAGAAAAUUCAGCCUUCUAUGGAUGUAAACAAAGUCUCUUUGGAUCCUUGUCCUAACUUUGAUUGCCACAUGUCAAGAAGUGUACCUUCUCUGAAGGAUACUGUUGAACUACAAGCCUACAAUUCAGUGGUAUACUUCUAUGAAUACAACAUCUUGUCAAAGCCUGUAGAUAAACCUAGGCAGUGUCUUCCAUAUGCAGUAGUAACAGUAAAAUUUAUUGGUCAAAAAAUAGAUAUUGGACACCUUACGACACCUUUGAGAUUGCUUGCAACAGGAUUUCCUAAAAGGCUUGAAAGAACAUGCUCUCUGAAUAACUGUACAGUGGCCAAAAGAAUUGGAAAGGGAAAAGAUGCUACUGUGAUCUUUGAACAUUUUGGGAAACCUGUAGAUCCAUUUGCUCCAGAAAACUGUUCAUGCAGUACACAAAAUUCAGAGAUAAAUUCCUUCAAUGCAGAUAUUUCUAAUUCUUACGAAAAUGUGCAAAGUGGAAAUACGUCUAUACUUGAAACAAAUAGUGGGCAAUCAGAAAACAAUUUAGCAGAAAUUAGAGGCACUUCUCAAGGACAAGUAUAUGAUUCGGGUCCUCCUUUUAUGCCCAAUGAUAACAAAGAAAGUGGUAAUAGUGAUCAUGUGUUUUUGACGUAUCUUAAAGAUAUUUUAAAUGUUAUGUCUGCUCCUUUUCCUCCUCACAAUAAUACUGGCUCAAGUACAGUUACUACUUCAAAAUUCAUCAAAGACCCAAGACUGAUGAAAAAAGAAGAAAGUAUGGGGAAACAGAAUCAUGCUACAGGCUUAAGUGAGAUUUUGCCAUUUGAGAAAAAUUUAGUUGAUAACGCAGAAAUAAACCCUUCAUAUGUGCUGACUAAUUCUUCCUACUCAUCUGAAGUUAUCCCUCAUGAUUGUGCUGCUCCUUCUAAUUGUUUGGAUACCACUAGCUCCAAAUUUUCUUUUGAUGACUCACCAUCUCAGACUCACAACUUGGGUCCAAAGGACUAUAAUUGUAUAGCACCCAGGAUCAGACAAUAUAAGGACCAGGGAAAUUUUUCCUUCCCAGUUUCUUUGUUAAAUGUUUCAGAGCUUGAGAACCAAAAACACAGUGAGGACAAAGCCCAGACAGCCCAAGAGAGAAACGGUAUUCCACUUUUAAUUAAACAAAGCAGCAGGCCACAUAACUCUUAUGAAUCAGUGAAUACUUACACAAAAGACUCCGGUGGUCAUAUCUCAGAGGAAUUACAUUCUUCUAAUUUUAACACUGUAUAUCAGACUGGUCACCAAAUGUCUAUAGUUUUCCCACCGCAGAGGAAAGGAAGCAUAGAUGAGUGCAUUCAAAAUACUGGCAAGAUGAGAAACUUCACUGACCCAGAAGACAGUUACGGAUAUGAUGGAAAGCGAAGUUUGCAAAAAGAAACUGAUAAUAAUUUCACUAAUGAAACAAAAAUCACUCCAAUCAGUAAUUAUAUUUCUUCAUGCCAAGAAUACAAAAAUGACAAGACCUUUGAUUCUUUGGGAGGAAAUACUGAUGAAAUGUUAAUUACUCAAGAGUUAGAAAUGCCAGAACCUCCCAACUUUACCACAAAGGAUGAUGAACAGGAUCACCUAGCUUUGGAAUUAGAAAGUAAUCUUACUCUAGAGUGCCUUUCACAGAAGCAUCCUCAGCAUUCUAUAGACUGUGAAGUCAGCAUGCAUACAAGUUUUGUAUCCACUCAGAAGCUAAGAGAAAUGAAUUUGGAAAAAACAAAUCAAAAUUGUGUUAGCAUUAGAACUGAUGCUUUCCAGGAAGCAAAAGACAUUCUUCAGACCAGAGAACUGCUUGGUAACUCCGUAACUAAGUGUCAUGGUGUUGAAAUAGCCCUUGACAAUUCAAAUUGCAGCAAAACUAGAGAAUAUGUAUGUGUCCAGAGGAAAAAUGAAAAUAAGUCAGUGUCAUUAGAGGACAUUCAGAGAGACUGCACAGAAACUCCUUACACUGAAGAUGAAGGUCAGGCUCACAUUCUUUCUGGUACUGCACAGUUGAAUGAUGAUAAAUUUCUAAGUAUUCAUUUCAAAGGACCAAGAGAUGAUGAUAAAGAAAACAAAAAUAAAGCUAAAGAGGCUAGUAGAGCUUCAUCUCCAGCAAACAACAUAGAAACUGUAUGUGGAAAUCAGAAGCAAGAAUACCAUACAAACAAUACUUUAACCAAUACAGAAGACAGGAAGAAGAAUAAAAAUGACAACAGAGAAGAUAUUUCCAAUUCUGAAGACGUUUCUACUACAUUCAACUUCAUUUGGAGAGAAAAAGAUAGGUCACCAGAAACUACAUUACACAGUGCAGAUACUCUUGCUGCCAUGAAACAGAGAGAUGUACAAAACACUGGAAGAAAUGUGGCGCAUUUGGCUUUGACACCAUUUCCUGAAAGUGCAGGUUCUUCAGUAGCUGUAGCCUCAGAUCCUGCAAUAGAGUUAGCCAACACUACUUUGCCUACUGAAGCUCACCCAAGAUACCAGCUUAAAGAAACUCAUUCUUCUAAGAGUCCAGAUUUUGGGUUGUUAGUAAAACAAAGCAUUGCUGAUUGUGAAAUUGGUAUGGAUAAAAAUAAAUUACAAGAUUCAUGUCAUCAGCCAGUGAAUGAGAACUCAGUUCUUCAAAGUUUUGAUGUGGCAAGUGAAACUGAAGUAGAAUUAGAAGAGUAUGAUGAUGCUUUCCUACUUCAACAAAAGAGACAUAGCCAUGAAGAUAUACUUCAUGAAGAACAUGAGGCUUUGAAGUCACGUAUCAAUUGGGAAGGUCUGUUCGGAAGCAAUAAUGGAAAGAUGGACAAUUUGGGAAGCACCACAACAGAGGAUAUAGCUGAACAUCACUCUAAGAACACUGUUACUUUUUGUUCUUCUUACCAAAAACUCUACCCGGUUUUACUUCCAGAUCUACAGGUUAGAAUUACUAAUACAUUUAGAACAACAUUCAGUCCCCCUGAUGACACCCUUUCAGUGAAAAAUAAUUUUUACAGAUGCUUAACAGAAGCCACAAAACCAGGAAGAAAUAAAGAGGGGAAAGCUCCAGGAUUUGAAAUUUAUUCCAAGUCAUCUUGUGGAAAUUCAGGCUAUCCAUGUGACAGUCAAGCUGGUAAUUCCAUGCAAGAUUCAAGACUUGUGAGUAAGUCUGAAAUUUCCCAUUUUUCUAACUUGAAUCACAAUACUGAUAAGAAUGAUAUGUCUGGAAAAAAAAGCAAUGAAUCUUUUUCUACUGAACCUUUUAAUGUCACAACGAUAAAUGGUGACCACCAGUGUUUCUUUACAAAAUCAAAAAUGGACUUUAAUGAUACUAGAAAUAAAAAGGACAUGGAAUCAAGAAUUAGCCAAAGAAACAUACGUACAUCUUUUAAGGAUCAUAAUAUAUCACAUAAAGAUACGAGACAGCAUGAAAUUUGUGAGAAGAAAAGGAGAUUAUCCAGUCAUGACUCAUCUGAGUGUUUUUCUUCAUUGUCCCAAGGACGAAUGAAAAUAUUUUCACAGUCAGAAAGACACAUAAAGGAUGUCCUAGAUAUUCUAAAUAGUGAAACAUCUUUAUGUAAAAGCAGAUGUCUUUCCAGAAAACUAAACAGAGCUGUUCUUCACUUAAAGAAAGCUCAUAGAAGAGUACAGACAUCUUUGCAGCUUAUAGCCAAAGUGGGAGAAAAAAGAAAAGGCCCAUUACCCAAAGCAUAUGAAAUAACAUGCAAUAAUUUCUGGGAGAGCUGUGACCUUCAGGGUUGUAGUUCUGUGUCUGAAAGAAGAUACUCCAAGCAUUUUUUAUCAAAAAGGAAAUAUGACAGACUGGGGAAAAGAGCUUCUGGAUCAGUCGGCAUGUCAAAGCACAAGUCGUACAAAAGAAAUAGAGAGAAGAUUGCAGUGUGCCAUUCCAAGAAAAGUGUGACCAGCAAUGUCUCCAGAAGUCACACCACUGUUCACGUUAGAGAAUUUUGUGAUGAACACCACCACCCUCAAUCACAGUUGUCACUGUUUUCUGUAUCCCAAAGUACAAGUGAACCAGAAUAUGGUAAAAGCAGUAUGAAAGAUUCAAGAUCAUCAGAGUGUGAGCCUUUUUCUGAAAAUACUAAAUAUUUGCUUUAUUCAAAUGAGAAACAAUCUGAAAAAGAAAAUCAAGUUAAUACAAAGUUAUCAAACAUUAGUAAAUGUGAAAAGCUUAGGAACCAGUCAGCACAUAAUAAGUAUAUGGGGAAAAAAAAUAAUUCUGAAGUUAAUAAAGUAAUAAGCAAAAGUAGUUCAGUAUCUUUAAGCAAAACAAAAGAAAACAAUGUAAGUUACAGCACAGAGAAAAACUAUGAUGCAAUUUGUUUAGCCCACACAAAAGUGAAAACUGACAUAUUUAUUUCAACCUUAGGUUCCAACGUGAAGCUUUUUUUAAAUGUUGAUACCUACAAAGGAGAUAACUCUAUUAUAUCUGACUGUCAAAGUAAUCUGAAAGAAAAUUUUCCUAUAGAAAGGUGGAUAGCUCCAACUGAGAGCUACAAACCAAGCAUUAUUACAGGAAAUGUCCUUAUGGGUCCAUUCAACAUAACUUUGACAUCAAACAAAAAGUACAAUAUCCUUCAGUUAUCAGCCACUCCAGUGACAGAUAGUGAGAGAGAAUCUUUAAAAUCUUGUUUGGGUAAACAGAGGGUUCUUGCUAUAGAUUAUCCUGCAACACCCACUACUGUGUCACACCGUCAGCAGAUACAUGGUAGGAAGGUGCUUCUGAAGACACAACAAUCCUUAAGUAGUAGUUCCUUUAUGGAAGGGAAUAAAACAAAUGUUACUGAGCAUUCAGAAUUGGAUCUAACAUCAGUAACUGAAGAGAUGAAAAGUUAUGGGGAAAAUACAUUGAAAAAACUAUCUUUUAAUGAUAAUUCUCUACACAUAAAAGAUAAUAUAAAGGAUCUUUCAGAAAUAUAUAUUGAAAAACAAGAUAUUCAGAACAGAAAAAUUAGGAAAAAUGAACAAGCAGAAAAAGCAAAAGGUUCACUUCACAAAAAAAGCAUGUCUGAGGGAUCAGUUGUUGAGACUGAAUACAAAAACCAAAAGAAUAAGAUCCUAAAAGAAAAAUCCCCUCACCUAAAUACAAAAACAGUUAAAAGUAAUUUGAUUGAUUCUCACCUAAGCAUUAAAACAACUCCAGAGGCAGUCUCUCUAAGUAACACUGUUUCUAGUCAGCUUAACAAAAGUAAAAAAGAGGAGAAGACAAAAAUUAGUAGUGACUGUCAGUCUGGCUGUAUUUCCAAGCCAGGCAUUGUGGAAAUUGAUCAUAUGCCUAUUCUCCAUGCCCACUCUGAAACUUCUAAAAUUACUGGUAUUCAGAGACCUACAUCAUAUGUGAAUGAGUUAAAAGAAAAAUAUUGCCCAGUUACUCAUAGAGCUCUUAUAACAGAGCUAUCCCAGAUUUUGCAGAGGGCAGAUGAAGCAUCAUCUUUGGAGAUUCUAAAGGAAGAAACUAAGGUUUGUCAAAAUAUCCUUCCUUUAUUCGUUGAAGCUUUUGAAAGAAAGCAGGAAUGUUCACUUGAACAAAUUCUGAUUUCAAGAGAGCUAUUGGUAGAACAAAAUCUGUGGAAUAAUUGCAAAUACAAAUUAAAGCCAUGUGCUAUUGAGACUUUAGUGGAACUUCAAAUGGUAAUGGAAACCAUUCAAUUCAUUGAAAAUAAAAAAAGGCUCUUAGAAGGUGAACCAACAUUCCGAAGCUUGCUUUGGUAUGAUGAGACGUUGUACAGUGAGCUGCUUGGCAGGCCACAUGGAUAUCAACUGCAGUCUAGUUUCUACCCUGCUUUUCAAGGAAGGUUAAAAUAUAACGCAUUCUGUGAAUUGCAGAAUUAUCAUAAUCAGUUAAUUGAAUUGUUUGCUGAAACAAAAAGGGAAAGUAAUUCAUACUAUGCAUUGUUAAAAUACAGGCGACAGAUUAACGAAUGUGAAGCCGUAAUGAAGCAACGUUCUGAUUGUUUUGACUUUUCUCUUUCUGUUCCGUUUACCUGUGGAGUUAACUUCGGAGAUAGCUUAGCAGACCUAGAAAUCUUAAGAAAAAGUACUUUAAAGCUGAUCAGUAUAUAUGGAGACUCUCCUACAGUUCAUUCAUAUCCAGGAAAACAAGACCAUCUGUGGAUUAUUAUAGAAAUGAUUUCCUCAAAAGUUAAUUUUAUCAAGAGCAAUGAGGCAGUAAAUAUUAAAGUCUCUCUUUAUGGUCUAGAGCAUAUAUGUUUUGAUGCUGCAAAAAAUCUUGUUUGGAAAAAGAAGAGACAGUCUUUCAGCAAAAAAUACUCACCAAAAAACCAGGAAGUGAUUCAUAAAAUGAAUGAAAGGGCUUUAUCUAAAUUGCAAAAGAUAUAUGACAGCUUGUCUGAAAAGUCAAACAAUAUACCAACUUCCAAUAUUGAGCUUAAGGGAGAUACUGCAAUUACUUCCAGAAAGUCAGAUAAUCUAAUUACAAUAGAAAAAAGUACUUUGGUUUCACGCCCAGGUAUUAGUAUUAGUGAAAUACUGGAUCAGGUUGAAUUUGCAGACUUAAAAAAAUUACAAGAUCUUACUUUGAUAUGUACAGAUCAUUUAGAAAUUUUAAAAAAAUAUUUUCAAAUGCUACAAGAAAAUAAUGUAGAUGAUAUUUUCAUCACAGAAGAAAAUGUUUUGGACGUGCUGAAAAAUCACAAACAUGAGGCUGUAAUUUUAAAACCUGAAGCAACUGAAACAUAUAUUGAAAUUGCCAUGCUCUCAGAAACAGUUCACUUUCUUAAAAAUUCAAUGGCAAAGAAAGUAGACAACCAGAGAUUUCGAGGUAUGCUUUGGUUUGAUUUGUCGCUUCUUCCUCAACUGGUGCACUGCCAAGAAAAAAUGGUUUGUUUCUCAUUUCUUGAAGAUAACCCCAGAGAUUGCCUCAGGAAAGCAAUAGAAACUGGUAUUUCUGAAUGUAAGAAAGAUCUGGAUAUCAUUUACAAGAACAAAGAAGCUGUUAAUUGCUUAUAUGCUCUUCAUUUAUUCUCAAGGGAACUUAAAGAACUUUCAGAAAUAAAAAAGCUCCUAAAGAAAUCUGAGUAUCCUUUUCCCACGUACAUUGAUUUUGUCCCAUGUAUAAUAUCCAUAAAUUAUGGAAACACUGUGACAGAGUUAGAUCACAACUACAGUCAGUUUUCUACACUACUCAAAAAUACAGUGGCUGUCCCUCAGAAAGAUUUAGGAAAAAUUGCCCAUAUUAUGAAAGUUAUGAAAACGAUUGAACAUAUGAAGAUGAUAUGUGCUAAAAAUGCUAAAUUAACAACAACUUUUAUCCUAUGCCAAAUGCUACAUAACAAGAGGAGUAAUUUCCAAUUCAAGAGAAAAGAAAAGGUGAAUACUCUUUCUACCAUACCUGAGGAAAAUACCAGACCCAGUACUUCUGCAAAGGUACCCUCAACUUCAGUGCAUAUAAUCAGAGACAUUUCAAAUUCAUCUAAAAGGCGACCUAGUGCUCUGGACAAGUAUGAAGACUCUAUUUGUAAAAAGAGAAAGGUUGACAUCAGCCAUACCGCUGAAAUCAACAAAGAGAAGGCAGUGUUCAGGUGUCUAAGGACUACAGGAUUUCAUCCCCAGGGUGAGAACAAAAUAGGAUGGCGUUCAUCUGACAAUCUGAAAAGAAACUGUGUGUCUUCAGAAAGGGAUGAAAUGCAGGGAUCAUUGUGUGACUCACUUUCACCUUUAAAGAAUUCACAAGCCACUUACACAUCAGAGUCAGAAAGCAAAAUAGAUUUAACUAAUAUUUCACCCGAUGCCUCAAAGCACCUCAGUGAACAACAGGAAAACUUAAAUAGCAUAAAGAAAAGAAAUGCGAAUUUUGGUGCUCCUGAAACAAAAAGUUAUAAAAAUGAUUAUGCUACUUUUGCAACUUGUGACCAGAGAAGUAUAAAUGGUACUUUGUCAAAAGACCAAGAUACGCCUUCACAGAAACUUCUUAAGAAUCUCCCAGAUCCUGCACAGAAAACUUUUCUUUCAAACAUAAAACCAGCAACUGAUGACUCUCUUGUGCCUAAUUUAUCAGUGCUCUCAGAGCCUAUUUCCCAUUCUCUGAGGGAUAUCCACACCAACCUAGGAAUAAAUGGCAUAGUCUUAGACCAUCAAGAUAAUGAACUGUUAGAGUCAUCUAUUAAUAAGUCCACAUGUGCCAGUUUUCCAGAACCCAUAUAUAUCCAGAGCAGAAUUCCUGAUACAUUGAGUCCCAGUCCUAUACCUUUUGGAGCAUCUGGAAGCUUACCCUGUGAUGUGAAUCAAACAGCAGAGUAUUCCUUUUCUGAAUGGGAUGAAGAGAAUCCAAAAGUCCUAACUCAGAAAGCUGCCACAUACUGGAAUGAACUUCCACAGUCAACCUACACCCCAGUAUAUAAUUCUUCUGACCAUUCAUUGGGAACUCCAUACUAUGCUUGGUGCAUUUAUCAUUACAGCAGCAGCAGCGGCAAUGCCACUGCCCAUACAUACCAAGGAAUAACAUCAUAUGAAGUACAGUCACCUCCUUCUGGAAUAUUGACUACACUUACAAGUACUGUCCAGACCACACCUUCUAAUCUUGUAUACUCUCAAUAUUUUAGUUACUUUGCUGAUCAGCCACAAGCAAACACUUUUGUGCCAGUGAAUGGGUAUUUUCAAUCUCAGAUGCCUAUUUCUUAUUUUCAGCAACCAAUUGUUUCACAGCAUGCUUCUCAUCAGCCAUUAUCACAAGCUGUUUACCAUUAUUAUCCUGCUCCAGCUGUGCUUCCAGAAGCUUCUUGGAUUUAUGCUCCAUGGCAACAGCAACCUUUUCAGCCAAGACAUUGAAAGAAAGAAGAUUUAACAAAUUUUUUCCAAGUAUUUUUAUCUAUAUAUUACUUUAAUUUUAAUGUUUAUCAUUUAUAUGUAUAGACUGUUUAGAAUGUACAGAGUGUAUGUAUAGAAUGUUUAUCAUUUAUAUGUACAGAAAUUUGGUUUAUAAAUCAUAAAGCCAUAUAACACUUGUAAGUGCAAUAAUGCAUAGCUUACGGUAAUAGGAAAUUAAUUUCUAACAUCUGAAAUACCAAAAUCGUUUUUCCAGGUAAUUCCAAAAGGAGUUAAUUGAGCAUGAGCAUUAAGCAGUAGUAGUAAAAUAUUUCAAACUAGGUUGUUGUGGGUUUUUUUUUUUAAGUACAUGGUUUAUGAUGCCAUUUUAUUGAGCUGCAAAAGAAUCUUCUUUCUUGAACUGGUCACCAGACCAAUAAUUUCAUAAAUCUCUACAGUUUACUGAUAAUAUUUUACAAUUCUAUUUCAUAGUGAACUUUAAUUUUUGAUUUUUGUUCAUAAAAUAUUUUUAAAUAGAAAAGAUUGGUUCACAUAUUCUCAGUUUUCUUAAAGAGAGAGCUUUAAAUUUUUUAUUUGGAAACAGUUUUAAUUAUAUAGGAAUUAAAGCAUUUUCAGUGACCUUUUCUACAAGCUUUCUUCCCACAAUGUUUGUUUUAUAGGUAUAUUUCAUAAUUUAAAUUGUUCUUUUAAUAAUUUUUAUGAAUAAAUGUUUAUAUUUAUGCAGUUAGUUUAGCUGUACUACAGCUAAACUAGUAAUUUAAAUAAUGCUGUGGUAUUCUGGUUAUAGUAGGAUUUUUUUCAACAUUUUGCAAAAGUAAAAAAUUUCUUACUAGUAAUCAUUAUAGGCUAACAGAAUGUAUUGUGUAAUUAUGGCCUUGAGCAACAUCUCUAGAUACUAGAUACUGCCUUUCUUAUUCAACCUUCCUUAUUUUAAGAUACCAGUCCAGAAAAAUCCCUCAGAACUGAAUGAAUCUUUCUCAGCUGCUAGUCAGCCUUAAAUGUGACAAGAGAUUUGCUGUGGUUAAAUUUAAAGAAAUAGUUUGAGCAUUUCCUCAAGUUUUAUUAGGAAACUUUAUUAUCUGGCAGAGGCCUCCAGAGUAUGAUUUUGCUACGUUUAAUGUCCAGUAAUUUCUUUUUCAAUUCAGAAGGACUGAGAACCCCAGGAUAAGCAUAAGCCUCUUUAAUCAGAAUAACCAAAUAGGAUGAAAGUUGGGAUUCAUUAACAGUACAGUUUUUUUAAAAGGGGAGAUUCAAGCACAGAACUGUAACUGAAACAUAAAGAAUUGGAAAGAUAAUAGAAUUAAAGCAGUAGUAAAAUAACAUUUUUUCAAAGUUGUUUUAAGUUAUAACUCAUCAACCAAGUAUGAAAGCAGUUAACAUUAACUGUUAUUCAAGAAAUUACUUUGUCUCAGCUAUUUCACUUGUUUGAUUAUGGAAUGAUAUCACAAAGUUUAUUAACAAUCAUUCCAAGACUGAGGAUAUAGCUCAGUGAUAAAGCCCUUGGCCUCGCAUGCAUAAGCCCAAUCCUCAGUACUACAAAGGAAAUAAUACUUUGUUAAAUGAAAAGUUGAAUAUUCUAAUUAAGUAGUCUUCAACAACUUUCAGAUUCUGUUGAUAAUGUCUCUGUAUGUCAUUUAAUUUUAAAAAAAAAACUUAACUAAAUAUUCAGUUAUUUAAAAAUCUGCACUUUGACAGAGUUCAAAAACCUGGAGUAUUUUCCUUUUUCAUCCUCAGUAUGUGCUUUGAUUUUAACAUUAAGUAAAAAAUAAAACUGAAUAAACAUUAUGAGAGGAAAAAAGUCUGCUUGUUUAGAAGUGUUUUGGAACUUGAAUUAUCUGAAUAAAUUGCAUUUCUUCUAA